AUGUCCUUCUUCUGGCAGCUGCCGGAGCAGGAUGCUCUUGCAGACCUGCCGGAUCCUGGGGCCGAUGAUGAGGAGAAACGUGUUAAGGAAGCUGCCUUGAAGAGGCCGGGCAUGCUGACCCUCGUGAAGGAGGAAGAGAAACCUCUCGAGCCUGCUGUCCAGUGGCCGCCAGUGAAGCCUCUUCCACCCGCAGAGUCAGACCGCCGCAGCCGAGGCGGACGUGACAGACGGAGGCGUGGCGCCUCGGAGAAGGUCGCAGAGACCUACGCCCAGGACUUCCGGGGCUAUGGCAAUCAUGGUCAUGGCGAUGACAAGCUGAGAAAGCGAGACUACGGCUGGCCGUUAGCAGAACGUGGCCCACGCCGACGCCCUGACAUGAUGAUGGGCAAGGGCCGGAUGAGCAAGGGGGGCUACAAAGGAGAUGAGAAGGGUGGCAACGGAAAGAAUGGCUAUGGCAUGGGCAAGGGCGGCUUUUACAAAGGCUACGAGAAGUUUGACAAGCCGGAGCGUCGCCGUGGCGGACGAGGUACGAGGCCUUGGGAGGAGCUGCCGCCUCGGCCUCCACGAGUGGAGGAGACUUUCGAGGCAAAGGAGCGGCAGAAGAAGGAAGAGCAAGAGCAGCAAACGCGAACGUCUCUCCGCAUGGCUACCUCCGCAGAGGAGCUGGAGAAGGCUAUAGCCUCGGCCAAGGAGCUGGGCCUCACCCUUGAAGCCAGCCUUGGAGAGAAGAAGCUUCAGAAGCUGCAAGGCUGA